AUGGCUGUCGUGGUGCAUGUUUACGGAUUGUGGAAUGAUGAGAAAUAUCAUGUCAACUUGAACAUUGAGAAAGCACCUGUCCCGACAACAUCUCAGGCACCUGCUAAUGUGACCAUAACUCAACAGACCAUGGACAGCCACACACACUGUCAUGUGACCACAAAUCCCAUAGAGUAUUCUGACACAUCCACGCCACCUUACAGCGAAUCAAUUUUGGAACAGAUGACAGGCCAUAAGCUGCCUGUGAUCCUGGUGUCCAUUCUACUGGUUCUGACAGGCGUGGUGAUUGUGUCUGUACUUGUUGUCUUGAGAAAGCGAUGGAAAACAAUUGCUACGGCAGUCCAAAUACCAGAGCACUCUGGCAGCGCAGUCCUGUACAGCAACUCAGAGUCCAGCUUGGGUGUGCAUACUCGAGAGAUGGCGGUGGAGAACGUCUAUCAAAUAGAUGACAAUGAGAGAGACGACUAUGAGGAGUGCCCCCGACAAAGCAUGGACACGUCACCACAGUCAUGCUGUUAACACUGUGAGGUGCAUAGCAUGGUAGCUCUGUGUUACAGGGCUGAGUCUGAACUUAUAGGCUAAUGAUUCAACCGGACAAGACAAGCUUCAACAACAUCAGAUGUUUUUUGGUGAUAAAUGAGUAAAACUUUACUUGAUUUGUAUUUUUGAAAUGUUUGUUUGAAAGGAAAGGCUCAAUAAUGUGGCUAUCUAUGUGUAUUCAGCACUAACAGUGUAGGUUUCAAUUACUAUGACUGUAUUUUCUUGAUGUAGUAAGCCAUUGUUGCGCCUAGACGCUUCCACUUCAAAAUAACAGCACUUACAGUUUAUCGGGGCAACUCUAACAGGGCAGAAAUUUGACAAACUGACUUGUUGGAAACGUGGCAUCCUAUGACGGUGCCACAUUAAAAGUCUCUGAGCUCUUAAUUACGGUCCAUUCUACUGCCAAUGUUUGUCUAUGGAGAUUGCAUGGCUGUAUGCUCGAUUUUAUACACCUGUCAGCAACGAGUGUGGCUGAAGUAGCUGAAUCCUCUAAUUUGAAGGCGUGUCCAGAUAUCUUUGGCCAUGUAGUGUACUUAGGUGCUGAUCAAAUAAAAUAAAAUUGUAUUUGUCACGUACACAUGGUUAGCAGAUGUUAUUGCGAGUGCAGCGAAAUGCUUGUGCUUCUAGUUCCGACAGUGCAGCAAUAUCUAACACGUAAUCUAACAAUUCCACAACAACUACCUAAUUCACACAAAUCUAAGUAAAGGAAUGGGAUAA